AUGAUCAGAUCAUUAAAUUUUGCUUUAAGAAAUUGUAAUAAAAAUAUUUUAAUUAAUUCAAAUAAAAUAACAAUUAAUAAUGGAUUAUUAUUGAAAAAGAAUAAUUUUUGUACACAAUCAACAAGUGAAGUUAAAGUACCAACUGAAUUAGUUGUACAAUUAAGAAAAAAGACUCAAUCACCAGUACAAGAAUGUAAGAAAGCAUUACAAGCUAGUAACAAUGAUAUGGAUGGUGCAAUCAAAUGGUUAUUAGAAAAGGGUAAAGCCACUGCUGAGAAAUUAAAGAGUAGAGUAUCAGCAGAGGGUAUCAUUUCAGUAUUGGUCGAUAGUGGUAGUGGAAAAGCUGUCAUUUUAGAAAUGAAUAGUGAAACUGAUUUCGUAUCACGUGGUGACAUUUUCCGUAAUUUAGCAAGAGACAUCUCCAAAGCAACUUUAUCAAACCCAAUCAGUGGUGGAAAGUUAGCAGAGAAUGGAAUCUUGGAACUUGACCCAACCCAAGUUGAAAACAUUUACCCAAUUAAAAUUAACAUCACCAAUGAGGAUGGCGUCGCUGAAGAAAUGACUAUCAAAGACUCAAUAGUUCGUAUUGUUAGUAAAUUACGUGAGAAUAUUGUAAUUCGUCGUGCAUCUUUCAUUCAACCAUUAAAUAAUAAUAAUAAUAAUAGUAAAUCAUAUAUUUCAUCAUAUGCACAUGACUCAACAUCAGAAAAGAAAGAUGUUGGUCGUUUAGGUUCAAUCGUUCAAUUUGAAUAUCAAGGUGAUUGUAAUAAUAUGAAUUCUCUUAAAGAGUUUGCCAAUCAAUUAGCAAUUCACAUUGUUAGUAAUUCACCAAGUGUAGUUACAGUCAAUGAUAUUCCAAGUUCAGUUUUAGAGGAAUGUAAAAAUAAUAACAAAAAUCCAGAAUCACUCUAUGAUGAUAUGGUACUCUAUGAACAAUCUUACAUGUAUUCUCCAGAUCAUUCCGUAAAACAAUAUCUUGAAAUUCUCUCUGAAAAAUUAGGUAUUAAAAAUUUAUCUGUCAAAACUUUUAGACGUUAUGCAAUUGGUGAAACUGCCGAACGUGUUUAA